GCCUCCAAUAACAAAGAUGUUUGGUUAGAAGUCAGUGGAGGACUAGACUUUUAAAAAAAACACACACAACUAGCAGCAGCUGCAGCCGCCUGAGUAGUACCUACUGUAGGGGACAACUGUGCUGGACUGCGUUCACAUAAAAAAUAGGGCUCAGAUCCAGCGGCAGACUGCUAAUCCACCUCCGGGGUUGAUCACUCAUGACCUCACAUGCUCGUGUCCUGAUGAUUCGGUGAUAUGGGAGAGUGGUGGACAACUGUGCCAGCAGGGACAUCUAUGGGAAACUAUGAGAUAUCCAGCAUAUCGCAUGUGACAAUGUCUCCCUUGAGGCAGAACAACCUUGUGUCAAUGCACUCUUCUUUGCCCCUGUCCAAAAGCUCCUACUGUGUGCUAAGUGUCUUUUGCACAGAUGAUAAUGUUCUUCAGUGCAUUUCAUACAUCAAUCAGGAGCUCGCCUCGCUGGGCCUCUCCACAUGUAUCGAGGCCAGCUCACCAGGGGGAUCCGGCCUGAACACAGUGCCAGCUCUGAACGCCAUGUAUGAGCUGCUCCAGAUUCACAGGCGGAAUAUGUGCAAUUUAGAGGAGCUUGAAAAAGAACAGCUGAAGAAAUCCAGCUCCUUGGAACACAUGCAGAUGAACAAUUCCAGACUUAAGGAUCAGUUGGAACUGUCUAUAAGGGAGAAAUCGGGUCUACAUGAGACAGAAAGGCAGCUACAACUCAAAAUUAAGACUUUGCAGAGCUGCUUGAAAACAGAAAAAGAUGAGGUUCAGAAGCUCCAGAGUAUCAUUGCCAGCCGUGCCUCUCAGUACAGUCAUGAUGCCAAGAGAAAAGAGAGAGAAGCUGCAAAGCUAAAGGAGCGUCUCAGCCAGCUACUGAUCGACAGAAAGGAUAAGAAACUAGCUAUUGAUGUACUGAAUUGCUUGGGGCGUUCAGAUGGGAAAAGGAGCCAGUGGAAGACCGCAAAAGCGACAGCAAGCCACGAGAGUGAGAUGUACAAGUCCUUGCUCAGUGACUACGAGGCGAGUCAGAGGUCCCUGAUGUUGGAGAAUGCCGAGCUUAAGAAAGUCCUCCAGCAGAUGAAGAAGGACAUGAUACAUAUCCUGAGUCCAUGCCAGCCCUCUGCCAGAGGAGCCGCUGCUGAUGACAGUCUGGAGCAGGCAGAUUCGGAUGGGGAGGAGAAGGCGGGUGACUCUAGCAGGGAAACGCUGGACCAGUCCUGUGAGCACGCCAGGGAGCAGCUCACAAACAGCAUCCGCCAGCAGUGGAGGAAACUGAGGAACCACAUGGAGAAAUUAGACAGCCAAGCCUCACAAGUGCAGAAUCAGCUGGAGUCCAAUAAGGAGGUGAUACCAAGGGAGACCCACGAGGAUGAGAUGGAGAGGAUGAGGCGUGAAGUGCAGCAGUGCAAAGAGUUCAUUCAUGCACAGCAACAGCUCCUUCAGCAACAGCUCAACACAUCAUUUGAUGAUGAGACAGCAGCUCUUCUUAAUGACUGCUACACACUGGAGGAGAAAGAGCGUCUCAAAGAGGAAUGGAGGCUCUUUGAGGAGCAGAAGAGAAACUUUGAGAGGGAGAGAAAGAACUUUACAGAGGCUGCUAUUCGCCUGGGGCGAGAGAAAAGGGCCUUUCAGGAGGACCGUGCUUCUUGGCUCAAGAAUCAGUUUUUGAACAUGACUCCUUUUACAGACGGAAGGAGAUGUUCCUCAUCUGAUGGCCAAAGUGCCUUGUCAAUCAGAAGUGAGCCAGAGAUGAGAAUGUCUUCUACAGACGCUCGGCUGGCCAAAUCCUCAAACUACGCUACGUUCUCCACUCCUAAACCUACACAAAGUGCUGCUGUGCCAUCCACAAAUGAACUUUACCGGACACUCCGCCUGAUACCAGACAGCAGUUCCUCCAGACUUUCAAAUCGUAGAUGUUGGCAAGAGUCCAGCACCAUUGAAGAUGGAGAAACUCGAUUCAAGUCAAAAAACAAAAUUCGAUGUGGAGACUUGAGCAUCUUCUCUUUGGGUGAAGAUGAGAACAGCCUCACUUGAAGAACUUCCAGUGCCUUUUUGUGACUUUGCAGUGGACCUCUUCCAUGCAGUGGCAUUAAUUCAUGGCGGAAUAUCCUCACAACCGAUAAACAUUUUUUGCAGCAUCAUUGUUAUGUUGCUUUGUUAUGGACAUGCACAGAUAAUUCACCAAAGCUGAUCAAUCAAGAAAGCACUUUAAUAUCCCUGCCAUUGUUCUUUUCUUUACAUUUCUGUACAAACAAAUGAACACUGACAAAUCAGAUUUAAAGCUAUAUUCAAGGGAGAGUGUCUACCAAGUAGUGAUUUGACCAUAUUGGAGUUAGAAAUGUCUGUUUACAUGUCGAUUCUAUUGAAAGGAUAAGUUUUGGUUUAAAAUGUAAUGUUUACACAUAGUAGAUGAAUAAAUUAUGAGUAUAAUUUUAACUUUAGAUUGAGAAUGAUAUGCUCUACUGGUGGAGUAGCACAAUAAAGGUAUUUUUAAUGAAA